UUAUUUCAGAUUUACGCCAAACGACUUCUUCAGUUCAGAUUGCUAGAGCAUUUCAUUGUAGUGUGACCGACUAGCCAUGAGUCAACCAAUGCCUCCACCAGAUAUCGACGGCCUUAAUUCCCACGAUGAAUAUAAUCUGAACAUUAUCGGUUUGCGAUAUAAUGAAUCUGCCCCAAAAAGCAAUCCUUACAUCGAGUACGACUUUUAUCCUUUUGAUAAUGUAUCACCAGCUGAAACCCAAUUUUAUAAAUUUUGCGUUGAUCUCGAAAAUGCCCGGAAAUUAAUUAGGGAAGAAUUGGUUGUUUCACACUGGCAUAUGCACUCGCAGAAGGAGGGCCAUUUUCUCCUGGGCUACACUUUAUAUGAUCGCAUCCUGAUUGUCCUUGGACGACGCCUAGUUUAUUGGUACCUUGAAUCGAAUCUUCCAUUCCCAACGUUAAAAUAUGGUAUUAUCAGGCGAAGUUACUGGUUUUGUAAUAUAACUAUUGAAUUAGUUGAGUUUUUUUUAUCGAAAAUUGUGGAAGGAAUUGAGGACUUUUCUUGGUUAUAUGGCUAUGGGUGAUAAGGUUUAGUAAUUAAAUGAAAUGUCAAUUUUCUGCAUAAGAAGUUUGGAAGAUAUGUGAAUUACAUAAAUGAAAUAAAACUUUUUUUUGUUAA